AGUCGUGUAUGCAACCACCAAUACAAAAUUACAGUUUCCUGUAAUACCAUCAAAACGCAAAUGCAACUCCUUAUCAGUUUACAGUGUUAUCUUCCCGUAUUUGUUUGCAUUUCCACAAUUCAUGAGGCGUAACAGUGUUAGUUUAAUCGAAGCAAUGAUGGAGUGGCUCAAGCCAUCACUUGUUUGGAGCGGUGACCACAAAACCCUCCUCCUUUCGGAAAACAACAACACAGAACCCGUCCCUGAUGUCAGUUUGAGCCAAAUAAUUGAGAAAAGUUCACAAUUCCCUAUUGAGUUCCCUUUGGAAUCAGUACGUUGUUGUCAACUUCAAAAUCACACCGCCGUAAAAACCCUAGAAAAGAACAUAAAUUCGGCGUAUCCGGUGAUUCACGAACAUGCGCUGUAUUUAUGCGCAGUUUUCCUGCUGCAUCAAGGGAAGUACGGGGAAAAGAAGGAGUUUUACAAAGAGAUGUCGCUGUUGCAGUUUAUUGAUAGGUUGUUGAAUAAACGGGCGGUUGUGUUCAUGGGGCCUGUGGACCAUUAUUUACUUUUGAACAAAACAAGUGGUUCAGGCCGGUGGGAAACAAUUGGGACAAGUAGCGAAACGCCGCCUCUGGUUUUGGAAAACUGUCUCAGUUACGAUGAAAUAAAAUUAUCGGCGUUAUUGUCAGUCUCGUCGUUUAGUUACUUUAUCAAUAAUGGGGACCGCAAUAAUAUGGGCUAUUUUGAGGAAAAUCGGAGCAGAGUUGAAGAGAAUGGGGUGAUAAUUGGGGUGAUUGGCCCCAGACUUGAAAAAUCUAGGGUAAUGGAGUACCGCGAGGUUGUCAUUUGCAAGGAACAAAACACUAGUUGCUAUGGAUACGGCCCGUCAGAAGAGCCAACCUUGCAGCAGGAAUUUUUGAAAUUUUACGGCAGUGUGAAUGGGACUUAUGAUAAGGUUUUGGAACAAAUCGGGUCACACCCUGAGCAAUAUUUGGAAUUAGGGAGAGGCAAAUAUUUCGAUCGGUUGAUGUAUGAGAAACGACUCGCUUUAUCGAUUGAUACUCUUCUAAUCGAAGCAAAUGAUCGAGCGAAACAGGAAAAUAAAAUGGCAUAUGUGCACGUUGUAGGCCUCGGUCUGGGCGUAUGGAAAAUAACCCACCAACAAAACAAAAUUUUUAUGGACACGUUCGCCCAACGGCUCGAGCUACUGGGCGAUGAGUUGAAACACAUCAGCGAUGUCCGUUUCGCCUACAUUCACGAAACUUCCGCGGGGAAGUACUCAAACGGUGACAAAAUCAAGGGAAUCACACUACACAUGAUCGAUAAAAAUCCCCAGGAGAAACUUGCAGGGGACGACGAAGGCAAACUGUUGGUAGUGUCGUAUCCCUGGGAUGGCAAUGCGUUGCCUGGCAACGAAUUCUGGAUGGGAAGUUUGAACGGGAGUGGCGACCCUGCUGCAGCUAGUUCCUCACAGGUGGCAGAACUGCACAACUGGCACAUCAACGCCAAAGCGAGCGCGCGAAAUUUGAGAAUUGCAACGUUUAAGGGGUUGUACACCUUCAAGGAGUACCAAGAGAUGCACAAAAAUGAUUGAUUAAUUGUCCAAAUAAAACACUAUCAGAAAAGCCAUUGUUUCCUUCCCCCACCAUAGAAUAUUUGAAGUCGUCGAAAAAAUUAUAUGUGUGACUCUGGAGAAAGAAAUGUACAGAGUGGUGCAAAUUAGUGUCUUCCUUGUUAUAAGGUAUAAAUGAAACAAAUUUUAGUCAUGCAAUAAAUAUAUUUAGUAAUUUGUAACAUAUAAUAGAGGAGCACCUUUAAAUAAAAAACAAAUGGACGUAAUUUAAAAACUAAACUCCUUUUAAGUACAUGUGCGUAAAAAUAAUACAAAAACAAAAUGUAACAGUCGAUUAAUUAAAAUUUGCUCGGAUUUUUGGGCCUUGGUGUCCUGGGCAAGGGAGCAAUGCCACUGGGAAUGGCAAAGUUUUCCUGCUUUAUGCGAAUCCCCUCUGGAUUUGUAACCUGUAGACCAAUCGUUCCACC